GCUUGCUCUUAUUGCGUGCUAACCUCACACUGGUCAUUGCACCACAAGCAGUUCCGGAAACGCGCAGUCGAGUUUCGCAAGUUGCGCUUGUCACAUUUUUACAUACAGUAAUAUUGCGUCUGUGUGACACAAGUCGCCUGUGACUGCUCGGCUUGUCGCUUAAAUAUGGCAUUUAAUUUAAGAAAUGUGGCUGUGUUCGUAUUUUGUUCGGUCGUUUUAGUCGUUCUGGCUUCAGCUGGAAAAUACAACGAGGACGCGCAACAGAAACCUGAUCAUGGGCAAAAGGAAUGGAAGUAUCGACAGAGAAGAACGAACCAAGUCUGGGAAAAGGCAGAACGUAUUGGAAUGAGUCCUAAAAGACUGGAUCAAUUAGAGAAGGAACUUAAAUUGUAUGAUGAGAGUGCUAUGCGAUGGAAAAAAACAAAACGAGAUGGUGGAGAUCCUACUGGUGAAAAGGAAGCAAGUUUAAGGCGAGAACUUUCAGAAAUUAUGAAGAGAUAUGGAAUGGGGAAAGAUGCUCUAGCUGAGGAGGGUCUGGCUGCCACUGGCUCUUUUAAAGGAGAUCGUAUAUUUGAAGAUAUGAGACUUAAUAAAUUAUGGUCAAAGUCUUUAGCAUCUGGCCAAUUCUCUGACGAGGAACUCAAGGAAUUAAGAAGAGAAUUUGAGCAUCAUCAAGACAAAGUCAGUGAAUAUAGAUUAUUAAUGGAUGAAAUACAGGGCACAGAUGAUUUCAAUCGGAUUGAUAAGUUUAAUAGACUUGAUGUUGAUGAAGCCAAGGCAGGCAAAGACCGGAAAUUGAAAGAAUUAGAGUUAAAAUUGAAACACAAGUCAUUGAAUGAUGAUUAUAAACGAUUAGAAAUAAAAAUGUUGCCAGAAGAAGAGCGUGGAGAAUUCGUAGAACCAAGACUUGUUAAAAUGUACAAAGAUGCUUUGGCUUCUAACUUCACAGAGGAUGAGUUACAGUCACUUAAAGAAGAAUUGAAGCAUUUUGAAAGAAAGCUUCAAAAACAUGAGAGUCUGCAACAUGAAGCACUGCAGGCAGAGAUGCACUUUCAGUCAAAAAGAAAUUCUGGUGAGAAAGUCGAUCCACAGCAUCAUCAAAGUUUAAAAGAUCGAGUCAAAGAUAUGUCAAAAACAGUUAAGAAAUACUUUGCUGAUUUCACAGAUCGUAUUUCAUCUCGUAAACACAAUGAACUAUAAGAUGCAAAAUAUGGUCACAUGCAAUGUAUUUUUUGAAGAUGAAGAAAAACCUUUUUUUUUUUCAAAAACACGCAAACAUUUUAUAUUCUACUUAUUUAUUAAUUAGAUAGUUGACUAUUUAAACAUUUUCGCUGAUUUCAAUGUUAUUCUUACAUGAUUCCAAAAAGUUUAUGUAUCCUGGUACUUUCUAGGGGUACAAAUUGUGCGUAAAUGAGAAUUAAAUUUCUUGAAUACAUUUAAAAAAACAUACAAACAUAGAAGUGAAAUGCAUGCUGUUGUAGGACAGCAAUACAUCUAGGAAUUUCCAGGAUGAGUGACCUGUAGGGGGGGGGGGUCAUGCGUAAGUACAUCAAUUGGUUUUGCUGAUGAUGUAAGGCCCAUUUGUUCAUUUUUCUGGCUCUGAAAAGUUUGGUGAUAGUUUUGUUUGGAAAGGAAAUAUUUUACAUGACUACAUUUUGUAGAAGGUAGCAACAUGAACAAUGGCAGUUGUAAAGUAAAACAAAUGUACCGGUACACAAUUUUGCAAAUCAAGCAAUGAAGAAUUUAUUCUUAAGAAAGCUAUUCUUUAAAUUAAUCCUAAAAAGUAGGACAUUUUUUUGUAGUAUUUAUUCAGUAAUUUAAGGUGAUAGAAUUUUUUUAUUCAGUUUUUAAUAUAGAUUUUUUAUAUUUAUUUGCGGUUGUUUUGAUGUACAUGUAUAAUUAGUAUUUUUCUACAUCUAUUAAGCUAAGUUGUAGUACCGGUACAUAUCUGAUAACGUUAAGUUUUGAAAGCUAAAAUCUUUGAAUGCACUAUCACACUUAGUAUUGUAAGCGGAUUAAGAUGAGAUUCAAAUUCUCUUUAAAUUUAAAUAAUCUUCAUUAUAUUUGAAAAACUUGAUUUGCAAUUUUGGGUACAGCUUAACCAAAAGUCUGUAUUUUUUUAUUAUCUUCUGUAACAACUUUAACAAUACACAUAGUUUUUAUCAGGUCACCUGGCUACAAGAUAAUCCUUUUUUCUGGUUUGUGUAUUUUAAUUUUCUUGGACAUAAUCUUUACACAUGCAUUUACAACAUAGUGUUCCCAGAUGAAAGAGCUUGGAGAAUGUAAGAAAAUGCAAUUAACAUUUUUUUUUAAUUUUAUCACUUUUCAUACUCUAGAUAUUAAACUUUCCAUCAAUUUAUGUAGUCCACCAUUUUGAUGCUUCAGCAAGAAAUUGUGGGUAAAGUAAGACCUUGUAUCCACUGUUGUGAGAAAUUUCAAAAGUUGUACUUCAGAUUGGUUGAGAGUUUAGACAUGGUAGCAAACAUGCAUACAAAAAAUAGUUGUCAUGGCAACAGUAGUGAGGAAACUUUUAUGUACUUGCGUGAUACACCAUUGAAGUACCUACUACAAUGUGCAUCAUUUAAUGAUAUCCUGCAAACAAGAUAUAAUUUUUCUAUCAAUGAUAAAUUCAGUGUAUGUCCUAAUUCUAAUGAAUUACAAUCUUGCUUAGUCUAUUAAAUACCAAAUCAAAUUAACCUUGUCUCUAGUAGCUCUGAUGUUCAGCAACAGAAUGGUAAAACAAGUGUUGAACUAAUUUCUUUCACUAUGCAGUAUUUGUAUAAUUACGAAAAAAACUUGAAUUUCUUUAAAAUGUGCCAUGAAUGCUGUGAAAUAAAGUACAUUGUCUAGUGUGAUUCCAGUUAUUUGCA